AUUUUCUUUUCAGCUUUUGUUGGCUCACUAGCUUUGGGCAUGACAUGGCUUGCCAGUCCACUGCCUGGCUAUCUCUGUGAUCGCGUUGGCUGUCGCGUCACAAACUUCAUUGGAGGCACCCUGUGCGUGACGGGCUUGGUGCUGACGUCAUUUUCUCACAGCCUUAAUGUGAUGUAUUUCACCCACAGCCUGGUAUUUGGUUUUGGAGUAUGUUUUAUCUAUAACUGCAGUUAUCUAGUGAUUGCACAGUACUUUAAAGAAAACUUGUCCAUGGCAACGGGCAUUGUAGCGUUGGGGGCAAGUGUGGGUGUGCUAUUCACAGGUCCAUUGCUUCAAGUUCUUUUGGACUUAUUUGGAUGGAGAGGCACGUACAGAGUGGUGGCUGCAUGUUUCACUCUUGUCUGCAUUCUGAGUUUAACAUACAACCCCAACGUACAAAAAAUAACACAUACCAAACUUCUUAGCAGCAGUGAGGAUCCUGCCAGCGAUCAACGAAGUGGCAUUUCGCUCUACUGCAGCGUGUGGGCGUUUCCUACUUUUGCUGCAUCCGUUAUGUCUUUCAUGUUUGGGAGUCUUGGGAUGUAUAUUCCAUACAUCUAUCUGGUUAGUUUUCUGCCUGUUUUUCCUAUAUUUGAACUCUAUUUUACGGCCACCUCGUUGUUGUGACAACCUCAUUAAGGCGACCACCUUUUUCUCGUCCCCUACAAAAGUCCAGUCACUCCCACUCUCAUAUAGCCCGUCGAAUGCCUACCACUGCUACUACUACUACCACUACCACUACCACUACCACUACCAUUACCACUACCACUACCACUACCACUACCACUACCACUACCACUACCACUACUACUACCACUACUAUGAUGAGUCCAAUUCGGUCUGUAAUCAUACGAGUAAUUAACAACAUAGCGGAAGUCUGAUUUGUUUAAGACUACAGACUGAAUUGGGCGACACGAAGUUCUGUUACCAAUAAAUCAUACCACUGCCACUGCCACUGCCACUGCUACUACUACUACUACUACUACUACUACUAUGAUGAGUCCAAUUCGGUCUGUAAUCAUACGAGUAAUUAACAACAUAGCGGGAGUCUGAUUUGUUUAAGACUACAGACUGAAUUAGACGACACGAAGUUCUGUUACCAAUUAAUCAUAACUAUAAAAAAUUGGUGAUAUUUUAAGCUUUUUUAAAACUUAAAACACAAGAAAUUCCAAGUGUUUUUUUUGCUAUCUGUGAAAAAAAGCCAUUUAAGUGCGCGCGUGCGAUGGCGCGUACUGUCCAAUUACAGAUAUGACGCGUACCGCACUGUCAUAUUAGUGCUGAAAUCAGGACAGUUGAUAGCCAAUCAGAUUUGAGAAUUUUUUUAUAGUUAUGAUUAACAUUUAAAUUUAGCCAUUUUUAGGAGCCCAUUACCUUGCGCUAUUAAUUUCCAGUCACUUCAUUGGAAGCCCGGGGUAGUUACUACCAUAUAUUGUGUAUAUAUUUUAGCUGAUAUUUGGGUACCCAAUCUAAGGAUCACACUGGAAACACGAUGCCAAAAAAGGCAAAAAUGUUACCCUAUUAAAGGAUCGAAACCCUCAAAAACCAUCCCCUAUUGGAUGGCACAUACCUGUCUAGCCCAAACAUGGCAGUUAAACUGCGAUUACCCCUGAAAUGGUCAUUCGUUCAUUUAGAUUUGUAUUCUUGCAGUCCAAAUCAUCUUCAUUAUAUAGACUAAAAGUGCUGAUUAUGUUCAUAGGUUAAGUAUUCCGAGGAUAACGGAAUAACCGCACAGGCUGCGUCACGCCUGUUUAUCUUUAUUGGCCUUGCUUCAUCCCUCGGAAGGAUCAUAACAGGAAAGUUGUGCAACAACAAGAAAGUAAAUCCGGUUUUUAUUCACCAAGCAUCCAUGCUCUUGGCUUCUCUAUCCGCCUUUUUGCUCCAGUUUGCCACCAAAUACGGAUACUUAAUUGUCUUCAGUAUUGUAUAUGGCUUCAGUGAUGGAGUUUUUAUAGCAAGUCAGUGUUUUAUUCUUUUGAGCUGUGUGGAUGCAAAAAGAACAACAGCGUCCUUCUGUAUCAAUAACGUUCUUUAUUCAUUUACUGCGGCCGCCGGUGGGCCCAUUGCUGGUGAGUUAGGUCCUAUUCCUUUUAUAUGAAAAUAAGUUUCUAUUCUAGUUACUGUAAUGCAAAUCGUGAAACUCAAUGGUUGUGUUCCAGACCGUCGUUUUAGGAAGGCUUCAAGCCACUAGGAAAUAGAUCCCUAGACUUUCAAAAAAGUCCUUCGUCGGAUUUCAUAUGGCGCGGGACGACCUCUCGCGAUUUCGUAGCUCGCGGUCGGCCGCUUCGCGGCCAAACAAGGCUCGCUAAACUCGCCUAGAGGUCGACUUGUAGCAAGUCUAAUAGAUCCCUUGAGAUAGUAUGUUUCGUGUUACCAUUUUAGACCACAAAAUGCAUGCUUACAAGGUAAUUUCCUUUUUGUCUUUUUAUGAAUUCUGCAUACAUACGUAGCUGCAUAGGACGACCUGAAAUAGUUCUUUAGGGUAGUAUCAUAUUGUCUGAAAUGGAUUUAAAGCAAACUAUACAAGCUAAUUAACAAUUAUUCCUCGAGCCCGAAUGGGCUCUGAGUCAAUAGCCCAUGAGGCCGAAGGCCGAAUGGGCUAUUGACUCCGAGGCCUUGAGGGCCAUGAGGACGAGCGGAAUAAUUGUUUUAGUAAAAUCCAACUAGUUGGUCAAAAAUAUCGAGAAUAAAAAAAUUUUAGCUAGUUAAAGCUAGACUUUAAUCCUUUUUUGCCGCCAAAAAGCCCGCGCUUUUCGCUACGAGCUAGUGGGCUAUAACAUAGAGCCUAGUAGUAGCUCAACCAAUCAGAACGCAGCAUUGAUAAUAGACAACUAGUUGGAUUUUACUUAAAAGUUAUAGUUACUGUUGAGGUACGUUGUUUUCUAUCAACCAGGUACUUCCAUAUCCUUGGUACUUACUACCUAGGCCUGGUUGUCAGAAGAAAAAAUUAGUAUAACUAUUUUUGUCUCUUUCCCCCUCAGGCUUGAUAGCAGACCAAACAGAAAGCUAUGUUUAUUCAUUUUACAUGACUGGUGCUGUUCUUCUGAUUGCAUUCCUUAUCCCGAUGGUUUUAAUUCCUAUAAGUCAUACUAAGGCCAGAGUUCGU